AUGCGGGUCGCAGCACUCGGCCUGCUGCCGGCGGCGUCGUCCUUUGGACUGCAAGGGGGCUUCGUCAGCAUGGACAAGGCCAAGACGCGUCAGAAGCGCUUUCUGAAGGCGCUGCACGCGGAGAACAUCUUCCUGCCCGGCUUCGCCACCCAGAAGGGCACCCACGCGCGCCUAGAUGUGCAGCAAAUUAUCAUUGAGCGCUGUCGACAGGCCAAUGCGCCUGCCUGCCUGGUGCUGGAGGACUUUGUGCGCUGGGAGCCGGGGGACUUGAGGCGGGCGGUGGAGGCGGCCUUGGUUUUGGGGGACUUCGACGUGGUGAUCUUGGGGCGUAACGAAAGACAGAUCCGCUGUGAUGACAUCGAGCCGAGCCCCGGACUGUUCAGCCGCCUGAGCUGCACGCCGAUGUUCAACUACGCCUAUGUGGUGCACCAGAGGUACCUCGCUGGCAUGCUUGAGAUUCUGCAGAUGGGCGGGCGUGUAUGCGGUUACCAGACGGACCUUUACUUCGCUACAGAGCGGAUGUACCGCUUGCCGGAGGAGACCCUCUGGUAUGUGCAGUCGCCGCUGCCGACCUUUGUGCGCUCCGCGCUGCCGCGGCGGCAGGGCCACUUCGCGGCGCGCUGCUUCGCGACGCUGCGAUCGCGGCGGGCCUUCCUGAUGAUUCACCCCAUGAGGACCGCGGGCACCAGCUUCUGCGACCUCGCCUCGCAGUGGUUCCUCCUGAACCGCCGCGGCGGAGCUGGCAGCGAUAGGAAUUGCCGCCUGGACAAAACCGCUGUCUUUGCCGACGUGGCAGGAGCACCUUUGCUGGAUCCUGACAUCCAGGCGCCUCAGCUCUUUGCCCGAGGCAUCGGUUAUAUCGCCAUGGAGCCCAGCUUCACCCACUGGUCGGAUGGGGAGUUCUUCUACAACCGCUCGGACGGUCCUGGCAUGGAGAGGCUGUGGGCGGCUUUGACCAACUCGGCAUUCUGGCAAAGCUACGUCACCGUGCUGCUGGUGACGCGGGAUCCUCUCGACCGCUACCUUUCGUGGCUGCGGUAUUGCCUUCCAAGCUGCACCUCCUACAAGGCAGAGCCUGGGUCGUUGCUGCGGGGCCAGAUGUCGCGCCGGGCCAUACUGGCGCACUGCAUCCAGGCGCACACGCCCAAGUUCAUGGAGAUGCUCUUCGAGCCGGGACAAACCCGAAACAAUCUCAGCUACCGGUCGCCGCUGCGGUUUCGCCACCCUCAGCGGCAGAACACAGCAGGCUGCCGCGGAUAUCACAUAGGCUACCACCGGGCGCAGGCGAGCAACUGCCUGGCGCGGCACCUGGUGCCGCUGCCCUCCAGACCCUCGGAGAGGCAUUUGCAGCAGGCCCUGGCCACGCUACAGCGCUUCGAGGUGGUCAUGGACCCAUCCCUGCCGAAUGAGAGCAGCGCGCUCCUGCAGGAUGCCUUCCGAAGGAACAUUGACUGCGUUGGCUGCGCUGAGAUCCCGAGCCUGCCUUUGCCACAGAGCAAGCCAGGCGCCAACUUGCUGGACCGGGGCAUCUCGCAGACCCUCCCGCCUGCCGUGCUGGCCUUGUUCGAGGAGCACAACAAGAUCGACAGGGCGCUGGUGGCUUCCGGCCGCUCGCUGAUUCGUCGGCGCUUCGCGGAGUUGGAAGAGAAACACGCGCGCCUUAAGGAGUGCAUCCUGAGCGGCCUCCUCUCGGUCCACGGGAAGAAGGUGCUGCACCUGGAUAGAAAUCCCUACUAUGGGGGAGACUGCGCCUCGCUGAACAUCACCAACCUCUGGCAGAAGUUUAUGCCGGGCAGCGAGCCUCCCAAAGAGCUUGGGCAAAACCGAGAAUGGAACGUGGACCUCAUCCCCAAGUUCAUCAUGGCAUCCGGGGACUUAGUGAAGAUCCUGCUGAAGACCAAGGUGUCGCGCUAUUUGGAGUGGAAAUCUUGCGAGGGGACCUACGUAUAUCAGUACCAAGAGGCAGGGCUCUUUUCCGGAGCCAAGUACAUCCACAAGGUGCCUGCAACCGCGGGGGACGGGCUCAAGUCUCCCCUCAUGGGCAUGCUCGAGAAGCCACGCUUCAUCAACUUCGCGCAGUUCAUCAUGGGCUGGGAGGACGACAAGCCGUCCACGCACCAGGACAUCGACCCCAGGCGGCACACCAUGGCGCAGGUCUACCAGAAGUUCGGCCUGCAAGAGACCACCAUCGACUUCAUCGGCCACGCCGUGGCGCUGUGGCCAAAUGACAGCUACCUGAAUGGGCCUUGCGGACCAACCAUCCUCAAGUGCAGGCUAUACCUGCAGUCGGUGCUGCAAUACGGAGGCUCGCCCUUCAUCUACCCCAUCUACGGCUUGGGGGGGCUGCCUGAGGGCUUCUCGCGCCUGGCGGCCAUCCACAGGGGCACCUAUAUGCUGAACAAGCCCGUAGACGGAUUCGCCUACGAUGAGCAGGGCAAGGUCAUCGGUGUCCGAUCUGGUGAAGAGGUUGCAAAGUGCAAGAUGGUCAUUUGCGACCCCUCCUAUGCCGAGCCCACUAGGACGGAAGUGAAGGGCCAGGUGAUCCGGGCCAUUUGCAUUCUUGGCGCCCCCAUCCCUGAGACCAAGAACCAGGAAGGCAAGCCGGCGCUCUCGUGCCAGAUCAUUUUCCCACAGAAGCAGCUGAAGCGAAAAAACGACGUCUACGUGAUGAUGGUGUCCUGGGCGCACUGCAUUGCGGCCAAGGAGAAGUACGUGGCCAUUGUGAGUACUGUGGUGGAGACUUCCAAUCCGGAGAAGGAGAUCGAGCCCGCUCUGAAGCUUUUGGGCCCUGUGCAGCACAAGUUCGUGCAGAUCAGCGAGAUUCGGGAGCCCGUGACCGAUGGAGCAGCGGAUGGGGUCUUCGUGACCAGCAGCUACGACCCCUCCUCCCACUUCGAGGAUGCCUCCACCGAAGUCUUGGCGCUGUGGAAGAAGAUCACGGGCGAAAGCCUCGAUCUCACGGUACUCCCUGAGGACGAGGACCAGUGA